AGAGCAGCCGAUUGGCAGAACGGUGCUUUCAGGAACAAUAACAGUGGGGGGAGCCUGGGUCCUGGGGAGCCGCCCCCGGCCCCCCCAGCACCGCAGCGAGGCUCGCGCCCACCGCCGGAUACCCACCUCCGCGCCCGCCCCGCGGGCUGAGCGGCCCGACCGGGGCCCGCCCCCGGCGCCCACCAUGUACGCCUUUGUGCGGUUCCUGGAGGACAACGUCUGCUACGCGCUGCCCGUGUCGUGCGUGCGCGACUUCAGCCCCCGCUCGCGGCUGGAUUUUGACAACCAGAAGGUGUACGCCGUGUACCGGGGCCCGGAGGAACUGGGCGCCGGGCCCGAGAGCCCCCCGCGCGCACCCCGCGACUGGGGCGCGCUGUUGCUCCACAAGGCCCAGAUCCUGGCGCUGGCAGAAGACAAAUCUGACCUUGAAAACAGUGUGAUGCAGAAGAAAAUAAAAAUCCCCAAGCUUUCUCUUAAUCAUGUAGAAGAAGAUGGAGAGGUUAAAGAUUAUGGGGAAGAAGAUUUACAGCUUAGACACAUCAAGGAUUGUCUGGGGAAAUAUUGAGCUGCAGUCCAAGAAAGUCCCAGCUGCCCUUGCCUGAACUGAUUCUCGUUGUCCUACACAGAGACCUGAGGGGCGGAAGCCGAGCGAAGUGGCGCACAAGAGCAUCGAGGCUGUGGUGGCUCGGCUAGAGAAGCAGAACGGCCUGAGCCUGGGCCAUAGCACGUGUCCGGAAGAGGUCUUCGUGGAGGCCUCGCCAGGCACAGAGGACAUGGACAGUCUAGAAGAUGCUGUGGUGCCCCGGGCUCUGUAUGAGGAGCUGCUGCGCAACUACCAGCAGCAGCAGGAAGAGAUGCGCCACCUCCAGCAGGAGCUGGAGCGGACUCGGAGGCAGCUGGUACAACAGGCCAAGAAGCUCAAGGAGUACGGGGCACUUGUGUCUGAAAUGAAGGAGCUCCGUGACCUCAACCGGAGGCUCCAGGACGUGCUGCUCCUGCGGCUUGGCAGCGGUCCCGCCAUUGAUCUGGAAAAAGUAAAGUCAGAAUGUCUCGAGCCCGAGCCGGAGUUACGGAGCACUUUCAGUGAGGAAGCAAAUACGUCGUCCUAUUACCCCGCUCCUGCGCCUGUCAUGGACAAGUAUAUCCUAGACAAUGGCAAGGUCCAUCUGGGAAGCGGGAUUUGGGUUGAUGAGGAGAAAUGGCACCAGCUACAAGUAACCCAAGGAGAUUCCAAGUACACGAAGAACUUGGCAGUUAUGAUUUGGGGAACAGAUGUUCUGAAAAACAGAAGCGUCACAGGAGUCGCCACAAAAAAAAAGAAAGAUGCAGUCCCUAAACCACCCCUCUCGCCUCACAAACUAAGCAUCGUCAGAGAGUGUUUGUAUGACAGAAUAGCACAAGAAACUGUGGAUGAAACUGAAAUUGCACAGAGACUCUCCAAAGUCAACAAGUACAUCUGUGAAAAAAUCAUGGAUAUCAAUAAAUCCUGUAAAAAUGAAGAACGAAGGGAAGCAAAAUACAAUUUGCAAUAAACUUUGGAUUUUUCAUAAAGCUUUCGUGUUUUCCUUGUGUGGCAUGUGAUUUGCGAGCGAUGGUGCCGUCCAAAUCAGACCCCACCAUGCAUGGUGGUGUGUGGGCAGGAAUCCAUUGGGCUCUGGGGUCAGCGGCUUGUUCUGAGUGUGGACACUCCAAAGAAGACAGAUGGCUUUGCUGAGACUCAGGAGCAGCCUGGCACUGGUGUCCUUCUGGGAAUGGGGAAAACACUCUUCUUGGAGGGGGAUAAGGUUGCCUGAGUUGCCUGUCACUUGACUGGGAUUUGAAUGGAUAUUUUUACCAUCCAAGGACUUCUCUGUUCCUCUAUUUUGUUCUAUAAUAAAGUUUCAUUAAUUCUUUGA